AUGUCGUCCCAGCUGGCGUUCUGGUUGCUGUCACCCAUGCUGGAUGGACAAGUUGCACGAAACUCAGUGUUUCCCAACGAGAUCGGGAGACCAAGCAUCAUUGUGAUCACAAUGGGAGCAGUGUGCGCCACCUUGGACAACUUGCUGGGAUUCCCCGAUUGCCCUCUUCCCGGCCUCUCUCCAUCAGUGGUGACCAUGUCCAUAAAGUUGGGGCCGCUUGUCUCCGAAGCGCUGGGGGCUCUUGCGGGAAACACCCAAUGGCGACCUGAAGAAGAGAGGCACCAUGCAGAGGAGGCCUCGGCCUCUACUAGGGCGACACUGAACCGUGACCUGGAGACCAUGAAGCGGGAGCUGGAGGCAUCAGUGCAGGCUAUGGUCGCCUGGAGGAUGCAACUGAGCCCGGCAGAAGGGAUCAGAUACGACAGGAUCCAGGAGGCCGUGUUGCUCACCAUUGAACAGGUCUGCGAAUAUGAGACCUUCCUCCCACUCACACAGCUUCGAGAUGGACUGCAUGCCUUUAUUUGGCACAUGGCGCAGGCUCGAGAUGCAGAGGAGAAGGCACUCCGGAAAGAGAAGGAGAGGCUUGACAAGCAGGAGAAGCGCAAAGAACAGGCAGCUCUGAAGAAGCAAAACAAGGCUGCAGCUGCUUCAGAGGCUUCUGCUGCAAAGAGAGCUGCUGUGGAGGACUCAGCAAGUGGUGGAUCUCAGAAGAAGAGACGGACGCUCUCAGCCACUGCAGUCACUGAUGUGGGCGACAAGGACUUCCUGGUGCUCAAGAAUUUGGUGAGCGGGGAUUGGCCCCUCCAGUAUGCCUUUGAAUCCAACAAGACCGACUGCAUCAAGGAGUUCAUCGAGGCCAUUGGCCGGACGAAUGGAGCAAAGACGGUCCUGGCUCGUUUGACCCGGUCGACCUUCAAAAAGGUGCUGGAGGCGCAGGCCAACACAGACACCAGCACUGGUCGGUCUGGUGUGAUCCUGGAUGAUGAUGUCAAGAAGGUGCAAAAGCUGAUGAACCAGCAGAUUACUUCAUUCUCCAGCGACUGCGACAAGGAGUUUGAGAGGGAAAGGUGCAAACCCAGACCUGUCCGGUUGAUCAGUGACAAGCUUGGCACCUUGUUCGGCAUGGACCACCUCUUGAGGGAGGACACGGACAAUGAGUUUCUCAAGAAUAUUGAGGGCACCCGCAAGUUCAAGGUGGCGGACCGGAACAUGAUGGAGUCCACGAAUUUUGACCUUGAUUUGGGACUGUGUCAGUGA